AUGGCCAAAGAAGACACCCCGUUCUUAUUCCGAUGGUUUUUCCCUAAUGGUGGCGAUAGGCGAAAUGCUCAAGUCAUCCUCAUGAACGCAGAAGGCGAACCUUAUACCGCAUACAAGUUUGAAACAAAAUUCGAUCCUAAUGUCCCCAUCGAGGCUCAAACGCCGCGAACGCAUAUCUACGCCCUGUCACCCCCACGAGCAUCCUACAGCCCAACCAACUCCCACAGCACCCUCGUCCCUCCCCCAAACGAUUAUCUCUCCUCCGAUUCAUCACCACCGCAGAAACCCUCUAAAUUGACGUUCACUCAAUCUAAGAAAGAAAUCGCAACGGUGAAAUGGGAGAAGGAUUUUUAUGCUACCUUCGUUAAGUUUAAUCAUUGGCCCGGGGAGGAUAUCGUUGCGUACGUUCAGCAAGAUGCUAAUGGUGUUGCUGGUGCGAAUGGUACGUUGCUGGUUAAUGGAAGUGCAAAGAAGGGGGGUGCGAGGCAUGAUGAUGAUGAGGAGGAGGAGGAUGGGAAGGAGGUUAAGAGGAUUCAGAAGACUUUCUUAUUGAGGCAUGCUGUUAUGAAGGAGGAGAGUGCGCUUGUGAAGGCCGCCAGUGCAGAUAAAUGCUUGCGAUUCUUGGUGGACGGUUGGAGAGAAUGUAAAUGGAAAUUUUCCAAGUCAACAGGAGAUCUUGUCGUCAUCGGCAGGGAGGACGCGACGACUGAAAACGAACACCUCCUGAGAACUCGACGUGACGCGCGCGCUAGCCUCAUUCUAAAUUUUCGACAGGCCUUACUUGGUAAAGCAUUGCGCGGGAUUACUGGCGAGUGA